AUGAGUCAAGAUAGGAGAACGAGUGACAUUUGGAAGCAUUUUUCUAAAGUUGACUCAAGUAUAGCUAAGUGUGAUAUUUGUAAAAAAAAAUAUUCAUACAAAACUAGUUUGUCAAACUUAAAAAAGCAUCUCAACAAUCCUCAUUUGAUAUAUUUAUAUACAGAAACUGAUACAUUACAGAAUGAGCCUGCAAUUGAUAUUGACGAUCCUGUACCUAGUUCAUCAUGUGUUAAAGUAGCAAAGGGUCUAAGUGCACUGACUGAACCAAGCUGUAGUAGUGGUAGUAUUGUUAAUCAGGCAAAUGCUGUACAUGAGAUAACACCAAUUUCAAAAUCUAAUCCAUUAAAACGUAGUGGACAGUUGGCAAUUAGAAAUUUUACUCCCAAAAAAAUUUCUGUUGAUAGCCAAAAAAAAUUAGAUACUGCACUCAUGAAACUUUUUAUAAAAGAUCUACAGCCUUUUAGUGUAGUAGAAGACACAGGGUUUAAAGAGUUUGUAAAUAUGUUGAACCCAGGCUACAAGAUUCCCAACCGCCAUACCAUUUCCAAAACACUUAUUCCAGCAGCGUAUGAAAAAUGUGUGAAUGAUGUUAAAUCAACAAUAUUAAAUGAAUUAGACAUGGCUUGUUUAACAACAGAUUGCUGGACGUCUAGGGAUAACAAAAGUUACAUUGCCAUAACUGUCCAUUUUAUUAACAACAAUUUUAAUUUGAAGUCUAUAUUAUUAAGUUUCCAUUCCUUUAUUGAGAAGCACACAAGCGAUAAUCUUUCUGAGCAAAUUGAUAAAACUUUAAAUGAGUGGAAUUUAAGACAAAAAAUAGUAUUUGCUGACAACGCCUACAACAUUCAAAAUGCAUUAGGACACUUAAAAUUUAAACAUUUUGGUUGUUUUGCUCAUACCCUAAACCUUAUUGUUCAAUCUGCACUUAAAAAAGAAAAUGAUCUCAUUGAUAAAGUAAAAAAUAUUUGUACUCAUUUUCUGUUACAAGAUGUAGCCACGAGGUGGAAUUCCACAUUCUACAUGCUAGAACGCUUUGUACAACUGGAGACUUCUAUACGGGGAACAAUGGGACUAUUAGACAGUGCACCACCUUGUUUGAAUUCCGAUGAAUGGAUAGUUAUCAAAGAGUUUUGUAAUAUUUUACGACCUUUUGAAGAAGCUACUAGAUCUGUGAGCGGAGAUCAGUACAUAACUGCUUCAUUAGUAAUAGUUAUUGCUCAAGGGUUGAAAAAUGUCUCUGAAAAAAUGAAAAAUGAAAAUUAUUCUUUCAAGACUUUAAGGUUAGUUAAUAAUUUAUUAAAUGGAAUGAGAGACCGUCAAAAUUGGGGAAAUAUAGAAAAUAGCAAGACCUUAAAAAUAUGUACAUUUCUUGAUCCACGGUUUAAGAACUUACCAUUCAUUCACAACGAACACAUGCUUAGCUCAGUAAAGAAUGAUAUAGUGGAACUAACAGCACAGAUUAUUUCGGUACACAGAUCAGAAUCUACAUCGAUUGAACAAGAAGCACAGACUUCUAACCAGCCAUCCGAUACACUGACACCUGAAGUGAAGCAAUUUUCAAUUUGGGAGUCGAUCGAUAAAUGUGUUUCCCAAAUGCAGCCUUCAAUUGGAACAUCAACAUCACGGGCUAUCGUAGAGGUGCAACGUUAUAUAGAAGAACCGGUAUUAAAAAGAAACCGUGAUCCACUAGAAUGGUGGCAAGAUCAUAAGUAUAACUACCCAUAUUUAAAUGUUUUGGCAAGGAGGAUGUUAUGUUGUCUAGGAUCAUCUGUUCCAUUUCAAACGACUCCUACUUCAAAAUCUGUACUCACUCUCAGCGAUUCCAACGGGCCCCCGAGUUUCACUUAG